AAGUCCACCGCAGCGAUGGCAAGAACCAAGCAAACGGCCCGUAAAUCCACCGGAGGUAAAGCCCCGAGGAAGCAGCUCGCCACCAAAGCCGCCCGUAAGAGCGCUCCAGCCACCGGCGGCGUCAAGAAGCCUCACCGCUACAGGCCCGGCACCGUGGCUCUGCGAGAGAUCCGUCGCUACCAGAAGUCCACCGAGCUGCUGAUCCGCAAGCUGCCCUUCCAGCGUCUGGUGCGAGAGAUCGCUCAGGACUUCAAGACGGACCUGCGCUUCCAGAGCUCCGCCGUCAUGGCCCUGCAGGAGUCCAGUGAGGCUUAUCUGGUCGGUCUGUUCGAGGACACCAACCUGUGCGCCAUCCACGCCAAGAGAGUCACCAUCAUGCCCAAAGACAUCCAGCUGGCCCGCCGCAUCCGCGGAGAGCGCGCUUAAACUCACGAAUUCACA